AUGACGCGAACACUCCGGCUAGCCAGCGAGCGUCCAGAAUCAUCCAAAUAUGCUUGCGGCUUCCAGCUGCCCAGUUUGGUUCUUCCAGGUUCAUUGGGGAUCCCCAUGAGGCUUCUGGCUGUAGUGUGCAGCGCACCAAUGACAAUCAUGCCUGGUCAUUGUCGUGUGCGAGGUGCGGAUAUGUUGGAGGACAAAUACAGGAAAAGUCGAACUUUUUCUGACGCUCUCUCUUUGCGGGAAUAG